AAGGUACGUGCAACCAGGUGCUCUCAUCCCAUUUCAGUCGAUAGAAAGUCUCGAUAUUUCAAACAACUAUAAUGUCCGGGUAUCUUCUUUGCUUCAAUUACUUAAAGGUCUUAUGGACAGAAAUGUAACGUCAAUAAACUUUAGCAAUAAUUUCAGAGCUGUCGCAGCCGCUGACGUAUUAUUGGCGUCACAGUUUUCAAUGAUUGGUGCAGUCUGCUUGAAAGAAAUCGAUUUGACUCGUAACCGAAUAAUAUCGAUCCAGUCAGGGGGAAUAAAUCUAAUGAAACAUAAAAAUUGCCUAGAAAAACUUAUUCUCAAAGAGAAUAGUAUAUGGGGUGACCUUGUUAUCGUUCUAGAAUUGGUUCAACUGGUAAACUUACAUUGGUUAGAUAUAUCGAAUCAGGCAACGAUACACAUCAAAACGAAAGUUAAAACAAACAUAACAUUUGUACAUCGUCAAGAUAUACCAAAUACAAAAUAUUCCUCUGACAGAUCAACGUAUGCCAUCCAACUACCACGUAAUCUGCAAUAUAUCGAUGCAUCUCGUAUAGGCGUAAGAAGUACUGGUUUAAUUAAUCUAAAUUUCACAAAUGCUGGUAAAGUUGAUUUCUUUAGUCUAGCUGGUAAUAAAUUCAUAGAUUGUCUUGGUCAUUUCCAUGGGCUGUCACAUUUACAAACACUUGACAUAUCGGAUUUUAAUUGUAGUGAGCUUGAUCUAAAAAUGAUCAGUUUUAUGCCAUAUCUGAAAACACUGAUUAGCAGAAGAACACAUUUAAAUGUCGGAUUGCAAAAUGAUGUAAAUGGUGAAUUUUUAAAACAAUCAUUAGAAGUGAAACAUAUUGACAUCUCAGACAAUGGGUUUUUUACAUUCAAUCAAAAUAUGUUUGUAUCGCAGUACCGUUCACUCAUAUCAUUAGAUUUAUCAAAAAACAAAUUUUCCAAAUUCCCAAUUCAAAUCAGCAAAUUUUCAACUUUGAUGAAACUAAGUCUCGUGCAAAAUCGGAUUGCUUUUCUGCAGAAAUCUGAUAUGAAUCAACUAGAGAACUACCAACGUGAUAAUAAUAUUGAAUUUGAGCUUCUUUUGAAUGACAAUCAUUUUGUUUGCAAUUGUGAUUCGAUCGAUUUUCUGAGAUGGCUCCAGGAAACAAAAGUGGCUUUAGAUAAAAACCGCAACUACUCGUGUGUGUAUAUUGAUAACAGCCAGAAAACCACAGUUUAUGCAUUCAAACAUCUUGAAUUCAUUGAGAGUAAAUGCCUCAGUAAGAUAUGGCUUACCAUAACAAUAAUUCUUGUGGUGCUUUUUCUUUUCAUUUUCACAGCAAGUUCCUUAGCCUACAAAUAUAGAAUAACUCUUCAUUUUUGGUACCUUCAUAUCCGCCGGAAGUACCGCCAUUACACGGCACUGGAAGGAGAUUCUAAAGAGUACAAGUAUAAUGCAUUCGUUGCUUUUUGUAAUGAAGAUGAAGAAUGGGUUUGUGGGUCUCUCGUUAAUUAUUUGGAAAAGAAAAAUGGUUUGGCGUUAUGUUUACACGAUAGAGAUUUUGCAGCUGGGAAGCUUAUUAUGGAUAAUAUCAUAGAAGCCAUUUUUGAAAGCAAAAAAGUAGUUCUUGUUAUCAGUGAAGAAUUCUUGAAAAGUUCAUGGUGCGAGUUUGAACUUGAUAUGGCGAGAAUGAAAAUGUUUCAAGACAACAGAGAUAUGUUGGUCGUUGUCCUGUUGGACAAACUUUCUACGUCACGAAUGCCAAUUUCCUUACAGAGAAUUUGGAACAAAGUGACAUGUUUAGAAGUUGACGAAACAAUCUGUACAAAUCAAAAUGACAAUUUUGAACAUUUAUUCUGGAAAAGAUUAUAUGAAGCAGUCGUAAUGUAAAUGGAAAUUUAAAAGUUUAUCAAUUCUACUUAUUACACGAAAAAAAGCAACACUUGAGAUGUAUUGCAUUCCAAAAGCAAUGUAUGGAUAAGUGUCUAUAAAACAUAUAAAGUUCUAAAUCACACUGAAACAUUGUCGAUGAGGAAGUAUCGUCAACUUUCUGUAAUUAUUUUUUAAAAUUUAUUUGAUACAAUGUAGACAUGUAUCAGUUUUCAAGUAGUAAAUGUAGGUCUAUGACACACGGCCUUCCGAUCCUUAACAUCAUGUGAAUAUUUCAUUUCAGGAAUACACUUGAAUCAUCUAUAUAAAACAAGUGAGGACUCAGAUACAUAUUGUCAGUGGUGGGAAGGUGGAUACAGACGCAUAAAUGUCUACACUGCAAAUGUAUAUUUGAAAAAAUAAGUUCAUGUUUAGUAAAAGAAAAUGUACCGUGGUCAUGAAACAGACAUACUAUUUCUAGUAUGUUUUUGUCGUUAUAAAUAACCAAGGGAAUUUCACAAAAGGAAAAGCCUUUAUAUUCAACCUAAUGAAUAGACAUUGUCGCAUAACAUCUAAUGUUCCUUUUAGUUGAAAAGCAAAAUAAAAACCUUGAAUGAAUUAUUAUCUUACUUUCUAUACAUUUCUAGGAAUAUCAUUGGUUAAAAGCGAACUGACAUGAUUAAAUUUAGAAAAUGCCUGUAACAUAUAUAGUGAAAGAAUAAUUUUGAAGAGUUGAGUUUUUUUCUAGUAUUAAAAAUGCAUAAAUUUCA